ACUUGACAUUGUACCACUUUCUCACAACAACACAAUGGCGCCCUCACCACCCCCCGAGCCAUCCUUUGACGCGCUCAAGCCCCUCAAGGUCCAAGGCCUCCCACCAGCAGGCUACUACAUUCCAAACUUCAUCACAGAGGAGGAGGAGGAGCUGCUCCUGCGCAAGGUCGCCGAGUCGCCCCAGCCCAAGUGGAAGACGGUCGGCAGCGGGCGGAGAUUGCAGUACUGGGGCGGCACACUGACCAAGUCGAACAUCCUCGUGCCGGAACCCAUGCCUGACUGGCUCUCGGCGCACCCCGAUAUCGUCGCGCGCAUCGACACCUUCCUCGACGUCGCUGCCGGCCUGCCGGAGAACAGCGACGCCCACGCGCUCGGCGUCAACCAGGUGCUCGUGAAUGAGUAUCAGCCAGGACAGGGGAUCAGCCCGCACGAGGACGGCCCUGCGUUCCGCCCGCUCGUGGCCACGCUCUCGCUCGGCGCGUACACCGUCCUCGAUUUACACCACUACAUCUCGCCGAGCGCGCCUUCCCCGCCCAUGAUCCCGACCGAGGGGAGCGUCGGCCGCGCGAUUGCCGCCGUGCCCCUCGGCCAUGUGCUGCUCAUGCCGAGGAGCCUCUUCAUCCUCAGCGGCAGCGCGUACAGCGCACACCUGCACGGGAUUGCCGAGCGCUCUGCCGACUGGGUGGUACGCGACGCCGCGGUGCAGAGCUCGACGGUGGACGCGGACGGCGCGCCGCCCGUCGUGGUGGCGAACGCGCCCCUGCUUGGCGACGCCGAGGUGCAGGCUGCCAUCGCGUCGGAUGGUGGCUGGCGGGCCGAGCGCGGGACUCGGGUCAGCUUGACCUUCCGGCAUGCUGAGAGGGUGCUCAAGGGCGGCGCGUUCGCCAUGGUCGGUGGAAGGAUGCAGCGGACAUAGGAUGUGGUCAUGGCAUGGCAUGCAGUAUGGUCUAC